AUGGCGUUAGAUCCUUCUCUUGGUUGCCAGGAUGUCCAAUACUCCCACUCUUCAGGGUUUCCACAGCCGCAUGGGCUUCGCAAUACAUAUGAUUCACCUUUGUCCAACAUUCUAGAGGGUGCAUGCUCAACGUCACGACGCAUAUCUCUUCAGCUUUUGCACGAUCGGGCUAAGAUGUACUCAAAAGAUAACACCACGAUGUCAAUGGAACGAAGUUCUAGUUCUGCAAGUCGACUAUCUCUUGGCGCUAUCAAAAGAUCAGUACCGGGUAUGAAGGCGCUGUUGCCACUCAAACUAUUGUCACCAACAUUACCAGAAUUCGAUACUUGGCCGUCGCCUGAGCCUACGAAGAGGUCAACGUUUGGAAGAAGGAUAAUCUCUCAAGAUAUCGAAUACUCUAGCAUUGGGGACCGUGCAAGAGACUCUUUAAAGUCACGCAAACGAUCACAACAAUACCGGGAUACGCCAAUCUACAGUGAACCCGGAUCUCCCGUUCCUAGUCGUGCCUAUUUUUCUGAGAAUGAUGUGUGCUUUAAUUGUUCACAGCCAGGGUCGAUAUGCGAUGCAGAUGAACUUAUUCAAGACUUUGUCGCCUUGAAGGGGGACAAGAUAGAAGACAACGAGGAUGAAGAGGAUGACACUGAAGGUACUCCUUGCACAGUCAAGUGUGUCUCGGAAGCACCGAGUACGAAUCCAACACCUCGGUGGUCCGAGUUAUCUUUCCAAUGCUCCGGCGAAGCCUUGUAUGAAAAUGAGUCGGUGUGGCUUAGGAGUCCGAUGAGCAAGAAUAGUUCAGUAGAUGAGGCACUGGCCGACGAUAUCAAAGAUAAUCAGUUUGCUGAACGUACAGUGGAGAGUUGGCUUAGCGAUACUAGCAGCAGCUUUGAUCAUGAAGAUGAAAUACUUGCUUGCGCCACGGCCCUAUCUCCCUCUAAAGCACAAGUAAUUGACCUUUCUGUCAAUCCCAACCAUCCAUCUGAUCUCUCACUGCGUAUCCCGACGAGAUCAUCCUCACUAAUGGGGACAUCAAUGCCCGAAAACAACUUCUGGGCCACAUUGGGGACCCCACCCAUUACACCUUCUGGGCCUUGGAACCACCAUGCUCAGAUGGCGUCAGAUGUUCAUGAGACAAAUACGAACACUCUAGUGCUAUCAAAACGUCGCCUGGACCUCUCAUUGCCAAGCCCACCUCAAUCACCACAUAGAUCACCUGCAAUGCGAUCAGCAGACACGACAGAGCCAGCAAAGAUGCGUGAAAAUACGCACUUCUCUACUCAUAACCUCGGAGACCAAUGGCCAUUAUCUGAUCCCAACAUGUCUCAACCUUUGCUAACAGACAUCAUCGGCUCCCUCGAAGCAUUGACUUCUAGCUUCCCCUCUGCAAUAAUCCUACCCGAUAGUCCUUGCAUCACCGCAAUUCGAACAAGGAACAUACAAUCCACUUCUCCUCCCAUGAUUACAGUGCGCACCUCUCUCUUAAAGUCUCCCUUCGGACAAGACUUCCCUCGCCCACCAUCAUACCAGCCAACUGGUCAACCGAGAAGUCAGAACACCUCAUCUCAUCGCAGGGACUUCUCUUCCUCUACAGCGGGCAGCCUGCCGCCUUAUCGGUCGUCUCCAAGCAAACGAUCUUCAAGCUUGCCUAUCUCCACAUCACCAUCCUGCCUAUACCCACCAGAUCUCUCACCAUUACACAGAAUAUUCCCCACAACGUCGGAUUUCAUGUGUUCAGCCCUGUACGCACACAUAAUCGCACAUAUAUUCAUCACUUCCCUCUCCCCUCCCACACAGAAGGCACGAACCAACCGGUUUUCCGGUCGUCGACGAGACACGCCUCACUGGACUUCUUCUCCUCUGUCAGCGAAGGCAGCAAACGUGCUGGGCAUAGAGUUCCAAGAUUCCGAUCCAACAGGCGAUAGCGCAGAACGACAGCUUCAAUUCAAAAUCCGCAUACAAGCUUUACAACAAAUACUACGAAAAUGCAUAUACUGCCUCACCGGCGUUAUGGACUCGAAUCUCGGAAUUGUAGACAUAACCGAGCUAGAUGAUAGUGGGCCAGGCUUCAGCAAUGGAAAGUUAUUUAUCAGGGCCUUGGAAGAGGUCGUAAAGAGUUGCGAGGAGAGAAAUAAUGGUAUUGGAGGCACGGUCUGA